AUGGUAGUCAUGCGUGGGUUUGAAGGUGACUACUGGUUUUUGGAUCGAAAAGGCUCUGAAGAAGCUUUGAUACCAUAUAAUGACUACAAAGAGUAUUUGAGAUUAUGUAUAUCAUGUAUAUUACAAAACACUGUGUGGCCUUUUAUAGGCAGAUUCACAACAAGAAUUUCCAGAUUUGGCAAUUUCGUGUUGAUCUUGAGGUCCCCAAUGCAGCUGUAUCAUCAUCCGUAUUCAAUCGAGAGCCAGAAAGUCAGGCUGGCUUUAGAAGAACGUAAUAUCGAUUACACUUCUUACCAUGUCAAUCCUGUUACAGGCAAGAACAUGGAUCCUUCGUUUUUCAGGAUGAAUCCAACCGCUAAACUUCCGGUUUUCCAAAAUGGUUCCCAUGUUAUCUUCAACACGAUAGAGAUUAUUCAGUACAUCGAGCGGAUUGCCCUUGUUUCUUCAGGAAGCGGAAUCAUAACACAAAGCAGCAAAAAAGUGAUCGAAUGGAUGUACAAAAUCCAAGAAUGGAACCCAAAGUUCUUCACCUUUUCCCACAUCCCCGAAAAAUACUACAUGUCCGUAUCAAAGUUCAUACGCCGCGUAAUAAUCGCCCGAAUGUCCGAAUCUCCCGACCUCGCAACCGCUUACCACACCAAACUAAAACAAGCCUACGAAACCGAAGAAAAACUACGGGACCCACAAGUCCUUCAAACCUCAACUCAACAUCUAAUUCGCCUACUUGAUGACGUGGAAGCCCAACUGGAACAAACUUUGUACUUAGUAGGGGACGAGUUCACAUUAGCCGAUGUCAUGUUGGUUCCUGUUUUAGCCAGGGUGGAAGAGACAGAAAACGUUGUUCAAGACAUGGUGCAUUGUUCGUAUGAGAUGUUUGCUAAAACGUACAAUGCAGGGUUUGUGAAUGCAUAG